CAUGGCGUCGGUCUCUGGACGUGAAAAUUACAUGUAGCGCGUCUUGUCUGUUAACGGUGUUUCUGUCGCAGCAGCGUCCCGUGUCUUAGCCGUGAACAGACUAACGUGAUGGACACGACGCGCGAAAACAGGCAGGUUAGAGAAGCGCCUCGGUGAUGAUGCUUUAUAUUUUAUGUCUCUCUGCACAGCAUGAAGGGUCUGAUGCCUGCCCGGACCCUGUGAUUGGCGCAAAAUAAUUGCUUUUGUUAACAGAGACACUGACUGUUUUCUGCUGGGUUUUUUUUUUGUCUAGUUUUAUUCAAUCUGACAAAUUGCAACGACUGGCUCCUGCAGGGCCACAGCUGAAUUUUGGGCCGAAUCUGCUCUGAGACCCUCUUUAAAUUGACUAAACCAGCUGUAUUAUUAUUAUUAUCAUUAUUAUUAUUAUUACUACUAUCAUUUUUGUGGACCCCUCUCUAUCGCUGGACCCCUAGAUGUGACAGCUCCUUUAACCUCACUAACAAAAGCUCUGCCUGGACAACGUGAGAGCAAAAUGAUCAAUCUGACUGCACUUGAUGUGGCUGCGCUCUGACAGCUGGUUUAUGACUGUUAGUGGUGCUGCGCUGUGUCUUGUGUUUCUCAUGCCUCUCUCAACAACACCACUAUGAUAGGCUCACCUGACGUGGUGGCUUUCACUAAAGAGGAUGAGUACGGCCAGACAAGUCCGGACCCCUGGGCUCUCCCCGAGGAGUUCUCCAUCCCUCUCCAUCCUCUGGCCGACUCCAACCCCUGGGCCAAAACCUCCUACGCCAAGUUCACCAAAGACUUCAUCCUCAUCUCCGAGUUCUCCGAGCAGGUGGGCCCUCAGCCGCUCCUCACCAUCCCAGAUGACCCCAAAGUCUGUGGCACCUUCGAUCUCAACUACUUCUCCCUGCGCAUCAUGUCGGUGGACUACCAGGCCUCCUUCGUUGGGCACCCGCCUGGCAGCGGCUACCCGAGACUCAGCUUUGUGGAGGACUCGAGGGUGGUGCUGGGCGACUCGAAGGAGGGGGCGUUCGCCUACGUCCAUCACCUUACUCUGUAUGACCUGGAGGCGAGGGGCUUUGUGCGACCGUUCUGCAUGGCGUACGUUUCAGCAGAUGAGAGGAAAAUCAUGCUACAGUUUCAGGAGCUGUCCCUCCGCUUCUCUCAGGCCUCUGAGUGUCUGAAGGCCGGGAACAGGAGAGCCUUCGCCAAGGAACUCCAGAGGAAGCUGCGGGACCUUGAGUACACUCACUCCGUGCUGCAGAGGGAGGAGGGCCUGCAGAGAGAGGCGGGGCCUCAGUGCAUGUACUCCGCUCACGCUGUGGAGAAAGCCAAUGAGCUUGCUAACGUGGAAAAGAGCAUCUACGAACACAGAGACCUGCUGAGGCAGAUCAGCUCCUACCAUUGCCGCCCGCGCCGGGAUCCUCACGCUGUCACCUGCCAGAAGUGCAUGACCGAGUGCUUGAGGGAGUGUGAGGCGCUGUUAGACAAAUACGCCAAGCUCGCCAAUCCCUUCAGUUACACCGACAAAGGGGGGAAAGGGGAGGAAGGUCAGGUGGAAGGAGGUGAAAAGGAAGUGGAGGAGGACGUCAAACGCAGGCCGUCCUACACACCACAGCUGAUCAAAGCCAAGUCUGCCAAGUGUUUCGACAAGCGCCUGAAGACCCUCCAGGAGCUGUGUGACCAGACUUUCUACGGGGCCACCGUGGAGCUCCUGAAGGAGACGGAGAGGAGUUUCCGGGGCGACCUGUGUUACCUUCACACACGCCGCCUUGACAAGACUCUGCGCAGGAGACAGAGAGUUACCAACUUCCUGUUUGAGGAGGAUCUCGGUGAUGAUGAUGAGGAUGAAGGAGGAACACUAAGACCGUUUUGUGCUGUGAACCACGCUGUAGACAACUAUACACUCUUAAGUCCACCUCCGAUUGUGCUGGGACCAGAACCUCUAAAGCUGGACUCACUGGAGCCUCCAGAUCCUUUAGACCCGGCCUCUGAGACCAGCCAUACUCAGGAGAGUGAGCUUGGGCUCGGGGAGAGCCACCUGGAGUCCUCCCCCUCAGACCAGACUCUGGAGACCCAGGAGAGCUCAGAGGAGACCAAAGGAAGCUUUAGCAGCGAUAAGAGCGGGAUGGGUCCAGCACAGAAGCACGAAAGUCUUGCUAGUGUGAGGUCAGAACCUCCCGAUCCUGAUUCCGACUUGACCCUUGACCCCGACCACAACGCUGACCUGGAGAGGGAGAGCAGCAGUGAAGAGACCACUGCAGGGGAGGAUGAGGGAGACCAGACGCCGGUGUCUCUGCUGGAAGUGGUGUCUGAGCUGGAGGCCAGCAGAGAGGACGACUGUGAGAGAGGAAGUGAUGGGGCUUGUGAGAUGGAGUCCGACUUGUUGGUUCCGAUGGACACUGCGUGCUGUAUGGCUCAAGAGGGUUUCCUGUAUGAGGCGUCUCCCCCAGAGGCGGAUCUUCAUCUGGGCCAAAGCUCCCACCAUCAGCCCUCUCAUACGCUGGUUGUUAACCAGGAGCCACAGGCCCUCCUUCCACUCCAGGACGACUACACUGUGGGUUCUCCCUGCUCUGAAAGCCCUGCAGCUGGGCUGGAGCUGCCCGUGGGGCUCCUGGGAGAUGCAGUUUCCCGUACCUCAGUGGAGGACGGGUCAGACUGCACCAUGAGCGCUUCUACAGGGUCCGAUCGGGCUGCCUCGCCUCUGGGCUAUGGGGGGGUGGUGACCCUGCGUCAGAGGAAGAAGGCCGGACAAGGAGCCCUGAGGUUUGUGCGACAGUACCCCUUUGCCAUACAAGCUCUGUGGUGCCUGCUGAGUGGCAGAACCCUGGUGGUUCUCGGGGCAGAUGAGGGGAGAGUCCGUCGGUUGGUUGCUGCUCUGGCCCUCUUUGUGCCUGGCCCUGGGAAGUGUGGAGAGAGGGUUCAAGCCUGGCUGUCCUGCCCUUUCACCCUUACUGACCUGCAGAGGUGGAAACUCGUCGGAUUGCAAAGAGUGGCGUCCCCUGUGGGUUCUAGCAUGCUUUACUCGCUGUCCCGCUACAGUCGCUACAUCUCCAUCCUUGACGCCGACCAGAAGACUUUGCGCUGCCCGCCGUAUCGUGGCCAACUGCUUGCCAACGUAGCCGACCACCGCACCUACAUCCGCCGUGGCUCCACCUACUUCCUUCAAGUACAGAGCACCCUGUGUCGCAUGGCAGCCAAGGCCUUCCUGUUUACCUUCACCCACCACCUCCACCUGCCGGUCAGCUCCGCGGAGGGGCCGGAGGUGGUGGAGGGCCGACGCCGCUGCUUCCUGCAGGAGCAGCUGGGGCUGGGCGAGGAGGACAGCCAGAUACUGCUCUACCUCAGCCAGCUCGUCACUCAGCAGUACCUACAGCCUGCCACCGGGGGCAGCGCAGCAGCAGCACCUUGUUUUAGUUUUAACUACACCACCAGCGUUUUAUACAAAAUCUAAUAUUCUUCUGCGAGGACGAUUCUCACACACAUUUUAGCAGAAAUCAUCUGUGACCCUUUGGUUUUUAAAGGACCAAAGGUGAUCGUAAUAAGGUCUAAAGUAUUUUUAGUUUCAGGACAAUCUCUGCUUUGGUUAUUGUUUUUUCUUUUCUGCCAUGCUGUCUUUUCCUCUGCUCUCACUAUCUCCUCAGUGUGCAGGGAAAAGGAGACGGAGCGAGUUGUGAAUGUCAGCGAGUGGUUUACUUGCAGGUGUUUGGUCGGGAGCAUGUUGACACACACAAACACACACACACACACACCGCAGAGCAGACGAAGGUCGCCUCUGCUUAUUGUCCUUUGAGCCAUUUGUGUGUUUCCCUCCUCCGUGGAAAAAAAAAAAUCUUACUUGCACGGGCUUGUUUGAAGUCGUCGUGUCCCCCCUCCCCACUACACACACACACACACACACACAUAUAUAUAUAUUUACAUGUAUUUAAUCUCACAAAACUCGAUCCAACAUGGCUGUCUGUGUGUCGUAAGUGCUGGUCCGAACUCAGCCAGCUCACUGACGGGUUAAAUCACAGCUGAGUGUUGACGCCCACCAAUCACUGAGCAGUUGUUGUCAGCUAUGAUAUCAUCUCAGCUAUAUGUAAACAUGUUUUUCUUUUUCAAGAUUACUGUGACAUUUUUCUGCUUGUGGUGAACAGACGUCUCUGUGACUCUGACCAUGAAACCAUGCAGGUUUGUUGCCGCUGGUUUUGUGACACGCCUCUCUCUUUGGAAAAACACACAUUUAACACACAUUCCUGCAGUGAUGGAGAUAGAGUCACGGUGUUGGAGUUUUAACGGAGUAGCAUGGGGCAUGGAGUAAACAUUCCCAGAGGCUGCUUUUUUUUUCUUUCCGGGAUGUGGUGCAUGAGGAAGUGUGUUCGCUGUGAGAAUUAGAUCCAGUCGGCUCCACGUGAUGUUGCAUGUCCAGAGAAAUAAACGUCAUCACGCGCAUACUCAUCCACGUAGCGCCAGCGGCAGCCAAAACCUGUCAAUAUUCACUGCUGGCGAGCAUUUUCAUGGAUAUUACUCACACGGUCAGGAACAUUUUAAAGCUACUUAACCUAAAUGUAUUGAAUUUCACUGUUGUCUUAAAUUUGUGCGAGAGUGUUGUGGUGUCAGCAUGAGACUGUCUUGUGCCAGGGUGAAUCACCGUAUUGAUAAUAUUUCUGUUUUUGUUACAUUUGAAGGAACCGACUCGGUCGAGAUGCUGAACAGUUUGAGGGGAUGUUGCUGGGAUGGUGAUGUUGUGUUUGUGUAGAUUUGAUCAUGGGGGAAAAUGAACUUUGUGUGCCAUCGAAAGCAAAACUCUGACGUUUGACACUUUAUUUAGGACACUAGUUGCCUAUCCUUUUGUUUUUGUUUUGUUUGUUUCCUCAGCGAUCCUUGCUGAAUCUGUGCUCUGAACAAAACUCAACUGUUACAUAUAUUUAUUGCUUUCGGACAAAAUUUGGAUUCUCAUGAUUACGCCGAGUACGCCCAGAUUUUCUGUUUGGAGAUUACUGAAGUUUUUUGCAAAAGGUCCGUCACAUCGGCCAGUGAAAUCACAGCGAAGUCGUGUCUCUGAUCGUAUGUUAGAUUUUCCAGCUCCGGGUUCUGGUUCUGUGGUGUCGGUGAUGGAGCUGGGCUUCUGUGUCUUGGUUGGUAACUGUACUUGUGACUGCAUGGACAGAGUUUUAAUGUUAAAGGUCAAACAGUGUGGGAUCGCGGCGGCUGCCCUUCCUGCUACGAACACAUUUUAUUUUGUUUUUUAACUACUAACAACAACCUCACAUUUUUUUAAUUCCACCUAUUUUAUUAUUAUUGUUGUUAAUAUUAUAAUGAUUUCAGUUCAGUGCAGUUUGAACUCAAUGAUUUCUUUUGUUGCAUGUGACGUAUUUUUUAUUGUUUUAUUUUCUGAAUAACAAGUUUACAACAACAACCCCUUUUUUUUUUUUUUUUUUUAGCUUUUGUCCCUCUAAUGCAAAAAGGUGAAUGUAAUCCAAAUAAGCCAUACCACAGUGUGCUUAACAUGUCGUCACUCAGUGUCCUUAUGUUGCCAUAUCAUGUCUACCUUUUGUAUCUCAUCACGAGGGGGGCGUUGUGUGAACUCCAGCCCUGUACGAUGGCGGCGGCGUUGCCAGUUAUUUUAAUAACGCACGUUGAGAAUGUCUUGAUGCUUUCAUGUAAUGUUGAUGAUAAUUCAUUUACUCCAUUAAAUUAUUUGAAUCCACA